GCCUCAGCUGUGUGGUUGGCAGCGCGUGCUGUCUUUGUGAUUUGCCAACCAAGAUGGCCGUGGAGGAGCUGACCGCGCUGGAGAAAUGUCUAGGGCUUAGGGCAGGAAAGUACAGCAGCCGUGCCCAGGGGGGCAGCCAGGUUCCUGUGCUUCAGACCAAUAAAGGCCCCAGCCUAGCCGGCCUUGCCACCAUUGCUUCUCAUUUAGUUACACAAGCCAAGAAAGAGGAACUAUUGGGAGUUUCUGUAGAAGAGAAGGCAACUGUACAGCAAUGGCUAGAAUACCGAACAACGCGUAUAGACAGAUUAACCUCCAAGGAAGAUGGCAGAACUGCACUGAAGGAUCUGAAUUCCUAUUUGGAGGAUAAAGUAUACAUGGCAGGAAAUAAAAUCACUUUGGCUGAUAUCUUAAUUUAUUACGGGUUGCAUCCGAUCAUAGCUGACCUUUCCAUUCAGGAAAAAGAGAGUUACAUCAAUGUGUCUCGGUGGUUUAGUCAUAUACAGCAUUACCCUGGUGUUCGUCAACAUCUCCCAACCCUGGUCUUCAUUAAGAACAGAAUCUAUACCAAUGCCCAUUAACUGAUCCCCGCCGCAGGCACAGAUAUGUUCGCUCCCCCAUUUCACCAAAUACAUGUUCUUAUUUAUUUCAAGCAGUUCAGCUUCCAAAAAGUCAGCAGAAUGCAGAGAAAUCCUACUUUAUCCUUCUCUUUAUUAUGUUGCACCUAGAAUUUAUUUUAUAUAUAUUUUUUGCAGAUUUUGUCUGUUUUUAUAAAACACUGUGCAAAUAAAGAGGCAAAUAUGGCUACUGCU